AUGAGCUUGGAAUUCAAGCUCCUUCAGGUACUCAAAUUUGACUUCUUAAAUGGAGCGGCAAACUCGCCUUCCGUGGAUUACUUGGUGACUCUGUUUUCCAAAGAAUUGGGGCUUGACUAUAGCUUGACGCUAUUCGGGUGGCUUGUUUCUUUCGAUAUCAUGUCAACACCACUUUGUUUGGUCAUCCCUCCACAUUGCAUUGCUUUAGCUAUUAUAAUUGUGUCGCUCAAUUUGGCUCCCAAAGGCAUGAAGGUGAAGCAUGGACUGAGCGAUACGGCCACCGAAAAUAUCAGCGACAUCUUAGAGAAAAUUGACUCCAUGGGCAUGUUCAGGUGUCCAGAGACUCUUCUAAAUGAAGGUAUUGUUUAUAUUUUGGAUUACUACGUGCAUCAAAUGAAGUUCCUGAUUCUCAACGAAUAUCUUCCACCGGUGGAUCCUGAGACUGGAAAAGAGCAGAUUUUCAAAUUCAUGGACCUCAAAUCUCGCUUCAAUGACUUGAAAGUAUUGAGUGAGCAGAGCGCCUCUUCUACGACCUUGCUCAGACAGGACUCGUACCUCAGAAAGUGGGACUACUCAGUGGCCUCUAAAGGCGCAGCUCGCUUUAUAAUCAGUAACAAGAGAAAAAGAUUCGACUCGGAGUUUGCAGUGUUGCGACCACAAAACAAGCAACAGAAGCAGCAGCAACAAAGAGAUAAGGAAGAACAAGAAAAGGAUAGAGGACAUCCUCGUCCCGAUCUGUCACGAGAACACAAGAAUGAUGGUUUAUUAGAGACCAAACUCAAAGAUCAAGAAAUCGCUGAGGAAAGGGAAGGAGAAAAUGAGGAAAAGCAAACAGAUGAGCAGCAAAUUGAGAACGAGGAGAUCAAAAAUGAGGAAGUUAGAGAGGAAAUCGAAGCUAAUCAGAAACAGGAAAAGGAAGACGCCAGUAGAGAUAAGGAAAAUAUCAAACAGUCUGAGUAUCAGGAAACUCAAUGA